CUCAUAUCUCUCCGACUCUCCCUCCCAAAACGCAUUUUCGACAUCAAAGCCUCCACAAGUCCAAGAGCCUUUUGCGUCGUCCAUGGCGCAAGAGGGCACGAGCAGCAACGCACCCCCGGCUGCUGCCUCCAUGGGCUCCGGCGACGGCGACAACAAGGAGGGCACCGGCGAGUCCGGCAACAACCAGCUGCUGCUUCCGGCGAUCGCCGCCAGCGCCGACAAGGGUAAGGGCGUCGUCGCCGGGACCGGGAACGUCGACGCCAAAGGUAAGACCACGGCGAUGGCGCCGGCGGCCAGCAGCACGAAUGCUCCUAACAACCAGGGCGGCGGCGGCGGCGGCGGCGGGCGCAGCCGCGAGAGGAUGCACAUCUUCGCCGAGCGCGAGCGGCGGAGGAAGAUCAAGAACAUGUUCACCGACCUGCGCGACCUCGUCCCCAGCCUCACCAACAAGGCGGACAAGGCGACCAUCGUCGGGGAGGCCAUCAGCUUCAUCAGGAGCCUGGAGGAGACGGUGGCCGACCUGGAGCGCCGCAAGAGGGAGAGGAACAGCCUCGCCGCGCGGUGCGCACGCCUCGGCCUCGGCGGGUCCUCCUCCUCGUCCGCGCCACCGCCACCGCCACCCCCCGCCGCCGCCGACGACACCGCCGCCGUCAUGCCGCCCGCGCCGGCGGUGCCGCCACCUGAUGCCGCCGCGGUCACCGCGGGGCCAGAGCCUGCGCCGGCGCCGGCGCCGGGGACGUUGAUGGUGUGGUCGGGGCCGAGCGUGGUGCUGAACCUGUGCGGCGGCGACCAGGCCUUCAUCAACGUGUCCGUGGCGAGGCGCCCCGGCGUGCUCACCAUGAUCGUGGACGUGCUGGAGAGGCACUCCAUCGACGUCGUCACGGCGCAGAUCGCGUCCGACCUGUCCCGGUCCCUGUUCACCAUCCACACCAGCGUGGACAGAGAGCGUGGUAUGUUCAUGGACACUGCGACGGCUGAAGAGAUCUACCAACUGGCUGUCUCGGAGAUAAUGGUAUGGCUCCACAGCGAGUGAUAUGAUCAUCGUCAUGGUGCAACUAGCAAAAGGGGAUUUGAGCUGUUAACUCUCAGUUAAUUUGAGCGUUAUAAUACAUCAGACUUAGCUUCAUGUGGUGCGUGUCGCGUUUGCAGUGAACCGUUUGUCUUGAUUUGCAAAUUAAGUAUCAGAAUAUUGUGUUGUAACAAGGCACCAUAGGGAUUGUCUUUUAAGUUUUUGGUGAAACAUUUCGGCAGUUCAUGCUCUGCCGUCGUUGAUAUCAUUUUAUUUAUUGAUUCUAAUAAUUAAGGGUGUCUUCUUCUCCA